AUUAAACGUGUUUAGAGACUAUUAUGCAAAGAAAAUGGGGUGUCAUUUGCAAAUUGCAAUACAAGUAACAGAAAUUAACAAGUCUAGUUGCCAAUCAAACCUUCCUGGAAACUCUUAUUGGCUUAUCCAGUUGAAAUAAUCAAACAUUAAUCAAAAACUUGAGCUACGUACCAAAUACUCAACUUAUCAUCUUCUUAAUUAUAGCCUCUUGUCUCCUUACCAGCACCAAAUAAGUUGGGAAAUUAAAAGUCCUAAGAGCCACUAUGCAUUGCCAUGUUCUUUUUCUUCUAUUGCUACAAGUGAUUGGAGUUACAAGUAGACCUUUGCAGCAGAGUUUUAGAAAAGCGAUUUCAGAUGGCACUGAUCACAUUCAACAGAGUUCUUCGCUUAUCCGUUUAUACGGAGAGGAUUCUUCUGCAGAGUUCUGCGAGCAAAUGUAUGGAUUUCUUCCAUGCUCUAACACUCUCCUAGGCCACCUCUUCCUUAUCUUGGUUUACGAAUAUCUGUUAUUCCAUGGAGAAUCCUAUGUUGCUGCGGGAGGUGAACGGAUAUUCAAGAUUCUUGGCCCCGGUGUCUUUGGUGCUAGUGCAUUUCAGAUUCUUGGAUUCCUACCUGAGACUUUGAUACUCCUAGCAUCAGGCCUCUUGAACAGUGAAGAGGUUGCCCAAGAAUAUGUCUUAACUGGAGUGGGAUUGCUAGCUGGAACAACAAUCUUGCUUCUCACCAUCAUUUGGGGAACUUGUGUAAUUGUUGGGAAUCAAGAAUUAAGAAAUGAUACCCAAUCUCAACUUCCAUCCAAUUCAGAAGACCGAAAACCCCAUCUAGAGGCAUUUCUAUCACGAUGGAAAGGUCCUGGUGUGGUCACAGAUUUGGAGACAUGCAAGACAGCAAGGAUAAUGGUAUCCUCAGUGAUACCUCUAGCAAUCAUGCUAAUUCUAAGAUUCCCUAGUUACUUUUCUUCAUGGGAGCAACUAAUAAUCCUGAUCUGUCUAGUUGUCUCUGUUGUGUUCCUGCUCCUUUACUUCUUCUACCAGAUUUGUCAGCCAUGGAUCCAGAAAAGGAGAUUAGAAUAUGUAAAGCAUGAGCACCUGGUAGUGGACAUACUCAAGCAUUUGCAGAACCAAGCCAUUGGGAAACUCCUUACAGAAGAUGGCACCUUAAAUGUACCUGCAAUAAAAAAGUUAUUCGACGAAAUUGAUCAAGACAACGAUAGCUUUAUAUCGGUCCUCGAGCUGAAGGAACUUUUAAACAAAAUCAGAUCAAGGAAGUUAAGAGAGGACAAGGAUCACAUAACAGAAGAGAUAUGGGGGGAUUUGGAUCAUGACUCUAAUGGCAAGAUAACCUUAGAAGAAUUUGUGGAUGGAUUCACAAAAUGGAUAGAUGAAACAAAGCAGGCAAUGAAUAAGCGGUAUCACUCUACACGAUCUUUAAAAGAUUUAUACGAGAUUCUCAAACCUUGGAUUCAAAAGAAAAAGGAAGAACAUGAAAAAAUGAAGCAUAUUAUAUCAGACAUCCUUAAACAUGUCCAAGAUUCUGCUAUAGGAAGCCUCUUGACAGAAGAUAGGAAACCAGAUACGAAUGCCAUAAAAAGACUAUUUGAAAGCAUUGAUAAAGAUGGAAAUAGGGUCAUUACACGUUCUGAGCUGAAAGAACUGAUAAAUGGGAUCAAGUUUGGGAUAGUACCUUCAAAUGCCGAAGAAACAGUUGACAAAAUAAUGGAAGAACUUGAUGCAAGCGGAGAUAAACUGAUCAAUGAGGAUGAAUUUGUUAAUGGAUUAUGCAAAUGGCUACAUAUUACCAACAAGCAUGUUCCCAGUUCAGUGGAGUCCAAAGAUGAUGUCUAUUACCAAAAAAACUGGAAAACAAUUGACAGGCUGCUAGAGAAUCGCCUUGAUGGGUCUACACUUGCCUGGACUAAGGCCAUAAUGCUUUUGGCUCUUGGAAUAGCUAUGCUAGGCCUUCUAGCAGAACCUCUUAUACAGAGUGUACAGAAUUUAUCUGCAGCUGCAAAUGUUCCUUCAUUUUUCAUAUCGUUUAUCUUAGUCCCUUUGGCUACAAAUGCCAGAAUUGGCAUCUCAGCCAUCAAAGAAGCCCGUCAUAAGAAACAGAGAACUACAUCCUUGACUUUUUCUGAGAUUUACGGUGGGGUAUUCAUGAACAAUGUGUUAGGCUUCUGUGUUCUUCUUUCACUGAUCUAUUUUCGUGGAUUAUCAUGGCAUUUCUCAGCGGAAAUACUGGUUUUGCUUAUGGUUUGUGGCAUAAUGGGAUGCCUUUCAAGUUUGAGCACCUUCUUCCCAGUUUGGACAUCAGCCAUUGCAUACUUGCUUUAUCCCUUGUCUUUGGUCUUGGUUUAUGUUUUUGAUGAUUCUUUCAAUUCUUUCUCUACCUAUAUGUAAUCAAAUGAAUUUUGCAUAAAAAAAUAAAAACAUUAGAUUAGAACAGUUUGUUAAUAUACGGAAAUAAAGUUUAUGUUCCUCCUUCUCAUUGUGUUUUCUACAAAAAAUUUCCUUUGAUUCCAAAGAAUUCAUAUCAGCAUUAAGUCAUAUGUGAGACCAUCUCACAAGACUUAUUCAUGUUCUUUUGCUUCGCAACCGGAAAUCAUAAGAAGAAAAAGAAAUUUAUUAGAAACC